ACAGCCAAGUUGCUUGCCUGUGGUGUAUGGGGGGGGGAUACUAGGGCAGCAAGAGUAGGACAGCCGGACAGGCAGGCAGGCCGGACGGGGCUACCAGCACCUCAACUUCUUUCCCUGGGACACUGUCCAAACUUCAGGGGCCAUAGGCCAAGCGGAGCAAUGGGUGCUGAGGAGGAAGUCCUGGUCACACUAUCAGGGGGAGCACCCUGGGGCUUCCGACUUCAGGGGGGGGCCGAACAGAGGAAACCCUUACAGGUAUCCAAGAUCCGAAAAAGGAGCCAGGCUGGCAGAGCAGGUCUCCGAGAGAGGGACCACCUCUUGGCGAUCAAUGGGGUUUCGUGUACCAGCCUCUCUCAUGCCAGUGCCAUGAGCCUCAUCGAUGCCUCUGGAACCCAGCUUGUCCUUACUGUGCGCAGGAUUGCAGAUGAAGGGCCAGUGAGAUCUCCAUCCCCUGGGGAGUUUCAGGCACUCUCACCUUUAUCUCCACUGAGUCCUGAGCCCCCUGGUGCUCCGAUACCACAGUCCCUUCAACCUGGGAGCCUUCGAUCACCCCCUGACAGUGAGGCUUACUAUGGAGAGACCGACAGUGAUGUUGAUGGCUCUACCACUCAGGAGAAGCCACGCCGACCUCGCCGGCGAGGCCCUACAAGGCCCACACCUCCAGGAGCCCCACCAGAUGAGGUCUACCUGUCUGACAGUCCUGCAGAGCCAGCACCUGCCAUCCCUGGCCCUCCCAGCCAGGCUGAUAGCCCUGUGAGCUCCCCAUCUUGGGAGGAAGGGGCAGCCCUUCAGCCACCCCCAGCCGAGGCAAUGCUAUUACCCCAUGGUCCACUCCGGCCUGGUCCUCAUCUUAUUCCUAUGGUGGGACCUGUUCCCCACCCAGUGGCGGAAGACCUUACUACUACCUACGCCCAGAAGGCCAAGCAAGCCAAACUGCAACGGACAGAGAGCCUCCAAGAGAAGAGUGUGAAGGAAGCAAAGACCAAAUGCAGGACUAUUGCAUCCCUGCUAACUGCAGCCCCCAACCCCCACUCCAAGGGGGUGCUUAUGUUUAAGAAACGGAGGCAGAGAGCUAAGAAGUACACUCUAGUGAGCUUUGGCGCUGCAGCCGGGACAGGCACGGAGGAGGAGGACGGUGUUCCCCCAACAAGUGAAUCCGAGCUGGACGAAGAGGCCUUCUCCGACGCGCGCAGCCUCACCAAUCAGUCUGACUGGGACAGCCCCUAUCUGGACAUGGAACUGGCAAGGGUGGGCUCAGGCACAGCUGAAGGCCAGGGUGGGCAGCUGAGCGAGGUCUCCGGGAAAGGGGUUCAACUCUUUGAAAAGCAGCGCCAGCGCGCAGUCUCCAGUACCCUGGAGUCGGUUCCGCUGAGCCAGGCAGCCGUGCUCAAUGGUGAAGGUGUGCAGUCACCGCCCCGGGCCCAAAGUGCUCCUCCAGAGACGGCUGUACUCCCACCCAGCCCUUUGCCAGCCCCAGUAACCAGUCCCAGACCCUUCCUUCCAGGUGGCGGAGCUCCUUCCCCUGCUCCGAGCAUCUUCAACAGGUCAGCUAGGCCCUUUACCCCGGGCUUACAAGGGCAGCGGCCAAGUACCACCACCUCGGUGAUUUUCAGACCUCUCGCUCCCAAGAGGGCGAACGAGAGCUUGGGGAGCUUCGGGCCCGUCCCAGCCCCUUUCGUGUCCGCCCCAUCCCCCUUCAUGCCCUCUCCGCAGGAGCCCACGCCUCUGCAGAGCCUCACCACAGGGGUUUCUAGCCACGGGCCCUCGCCUGGCUCCCCUAGCACCCCACGGUCCUCGGGUCCUGUAACGGCCACCAGUUCCCUGUACAUCCCAGCCCCUAGUAGACCCGUGACACCUGGCGCAGCCCCAGAGCCCUCCGCUCCUCCUAGUGCAGCUGCCAUGACCUCCACCGCCUCUAUCUUUCUCUCGUCGCCUCUGCGACCCUCUGCGCGCCCGGAGGCGCCCGCGCCAGGCCCAGCGGCCCCCGACACCCCCAGCGCUCGCGAGCAGCGCAUCUCCGUGCCGGCUGCGCGCACUGGCAUCCUACAGGAGGCCCGGCGCCGCGGGACCAGGAAGCAGAUGUUCCGCCAGGGGAAAGAGGAGCCGAAGAACUCGCCCAACCCCGAACUGCUGUCGCUGGUGCAGAACCUGGACGAAAAACCCCGACCCGGGGUUGCUGAACCUGGUCUGGAGGAGGAUGCUCUGAGCCUCGGAGCUGAAGCCUGCAAUUUCAUGCAGCCACCAGGGGGCAAGAGUUACAAAACGCUGCCUCACGUGACACCUCAAACCCCGCCCCCAACGGCUCCCAAGACCCCGCCCCCUCUGACUCCUAAGACUCCACCCCCAGUGGCUCCUAAGCCCGCAUCUCGAGGGCUCCUUGAUGGGCUAGUGAAUGGGGCGACCCCCACACCUGGAAUCCCUGAGCCUCCAAGGCUGCAGGGCAGGGGCGGGGAGCUGUUCGCCAAGCGGCAGAGCCGGGCCGACAGGUAUGUGGUGGAAACGACACCAGGUCUUGGCCCUCGGCCCAGAAGUCCUUCUCCUACCCCCUCACUGCCCUCUUCGUGGAAAUAUUCGCCCAACAUCCGUGCCCCACCUCCAAUUGCUUACAACCCACUACUGUCACCCUUUUUCCCCCAGGCUGCCCGAACUCUCCCUGCGAAGGCCCAAUCCCAGGGGCCUCGGGCAGCCUCCAAGCAGGGCAUCAAAGCUCUGGAUUUCAUGCGGCAUCAACCCUACCAACUUAAAACUGCCAUGUUCUGUUUUGACGAGGUUCCUCCAACUCCUGGCCCCACCUCCUCCGGGGCCCCCAAAACUGCCCGAGUCCAGGAGAUCCGCAGAUUUUCCACCCCGGCGCCCCAACCCACCACAGAGCCCCUGGCUCCUACAGUGCUUGCCCCCCGAGCAGCCACCUCACUGGAUGAACCCAUCUGGAGGGCAGAGCUGGCCUCGGCCCCUGUCUCGAGCCCAGCCCCUCCUCAAGAGUCUCCCAGAGGCUUUGGGGCCACCCCCAAUUCCUGUGGUUUCCAGGUAGCCAGGCCCCGAUUCUCAGCCACCAGAACAGGAUUGCAGGCUCAUGUGUGGAGGCCUGGGGCAGGGCACCGCUGAGCAGGGCAUGGGUCCCAAGACCAAGGAGGAGUGGAACAUCCAGACUUAAAAGCUGCUUCUCCUGCCCUAUCCUACCCUCUCCCAGGAAUCUGGAGGCUAAAGUCCCUCCUGCCAGAGAUAGGUUUGAAGUUAGUGUCUCCUCCCAGCUUCCUGCUCACUCCCUAUCUCCCUGCUGCUUUCCAACCUAUUAUCCCUACUUUGGUGUCUUUGCUUCUCUUUAUGUUUGCUUGCCUGGAUCUGUGUACAUUUCCUGGCCUCUAUCCGUACGCUUCUAUGAGUCUCUUUACCCUUGUUCUCUUCUCUGUGGGCCUUCUUUUAAUGUUCAGUGAGAAGCACACAGAGUAGAAGUAACUACUGGAAACCUAGGCUAGAAGCUCACCAGCAGGAAGACAGCAAAGAGACUGAACUGAUCCUUGUUUGCACUAACCCUCUCCCUACUCUUCACUCUGCUUUCCCAGGGUUAGCUGGCAUAUAUCUAGAGUAUGUAUGCCUGGGGUGUGCGUGCGUGCAAGUGUGAGCAAAUGUGUGUGAUCAGGAUCUGAUCUGGGAAGAUGUGCUCCUCUGUCUGAGGCAAGAAUAAUAGAAGUAUAAAUAAAGACCCCAUCUGGGUCUCAGCUUCACAUUGGUAGAAGAGUCAGAUGUCCCCACAUGGAGACUAGUGGGAGAAAGGGCUUCCCUGGGGAGCAAUGCUAGAGAGCAGUGUCUACAAAUACACAGAAUCUUGGGAACAAACGAUGCAUGACAAGACUGAAGGAUUGGGAUAGUUUUAUGGACUGAGUGAUAUCAGCUAUAUCAGCAACAGAACUAAGAAUCUUCUGGACUUCAGAAAGUUAGCAAAUAGAAUUCUGUACUGAGCAACCCAAUCUCAAAGAUGUUAGAACAAAAAAAAAAAAAAAAAAAGAACAGAAAAAGAAAAAAAAUUUCCUGUGGGUAUGAAUAAAUUAUUGGUUUCAUUGUUUUAUAAGCCUGAAACAGAAGGGGGAAGAAAGCUGGAGUGAGGGGAACAGGAAUUUAGCUCAGUGGCCUAAGUGCCUGCCUAGUGAGUUUGAUCUCCGGUACCACCAAAAAGCAAAACAAAAGCUGGGGUAAGGUGAGUGAGACAGAAAGCAAGAGUGGAACAAAAAUGGGUGAAAGUGAUAGAUUAUAGUGAGGGAGAGGGCAGUGUUGGCAGAGUGGAGCUGGCUGGCAACCAACUGAGUGAGAUGGAGAUUGGGAAAAAAUACCAGGGACAUGAAUGCACUUGCCAGUUAAGGGGGAUGGUGGCAGGAGGGGCCUGCGAGGGUGUGCUGAGAGCUGAGAGGAGCUGGUGUCUGCUACUUCCUGUGAGCCGUCCUUGUUUGUCUUCUGUGCCUUGUCCUGGCUACCUGGGAAGGGCAGGGAAGCACCACAGCUUUCCAGUCCUACCCCAUCCCUCAAACGCGCAGCUCUUACUCCUUUUCAGCUUCAGGUCCUCAUUUUGGAUUCUAGAAGAGCAUGGACUCCCUUUUUACCAAGACCAUCGCCAGCUACGUUUGCUGUUUGAUCUGAAAGUGAUCAUUUCCUUUGCAUUUUGGGUGUGAGUCACAGCUCUUUGAUUUGUGCACAAGAAUAAACUUAUGUCACUUACCUUC